AUGAACUAAGUACAUGCAUUUUUAUUUCUCGAAAACUGAACAAUAUUAAUUGUAUAUGAAACGACAUGAAUCUUUGGUGUCAACUGCUCAAUAACACCGAUGUUGAUAAACAGGUUGCAGUAACUUGGAUACUCUCCGUUCUGCUAGGAAAAGGAACGAGAUAUACUAUUGGUGUUUAGUGGAAGGAAAUGGGUGUAAUUAAAAAGAAUGAUAGUAAAGUCAGCAUAUUUUCACCAACAUCGGAUGAUUCAUUGCAGAUUGCACAAAGUGACGAUGAGCUGUCAAUUGCAAGUGUUAGCACUGAUGUCAGUGCAAACAUACCUCAACCAGUACCACAACAAAGGAACUACCCAAAACCGAUGUCUUUCCAUAACACACGGAGAAGAAUGGGCAAGAAGCAAUCUAGGCGACAUGACAAUGCUAUGCUGCUUGAGACAUUAGUAGAGGAAUCUGAAAUCCAGGAAAUCACGCUUCAAGAUUUAAUGCAGAAUCCAAGUCCUGGUUUCUCAAGGCUCUUUGAAGAUGACAAUAUGGAGAAAUGGUAUGAAUUCAUGGAGAGCAGUGAAGAAGUGCAGAAAAAAAUCAUUGAACACAGCCCAAAAAAACGCUCUUCCCCUUUUAACUCCUCUCAGAACAGUGCUGGGAAGGAGUUUCAGAGGAUUAAAAGUGGUGUCAGAAAUGUGCUGAAGAGAUCUCAUGUACCUGUGGGAAUGCUUACCUACCUUGAGACCGAGGUUGUAAACUUUUUCUCUAAAUCCCCACAGAGUGUGUACAUUUCAGGAAUUCUGUCCAGUUUUGAAAGAUUACUUCUGCAUGCCAUAUCACAGUAUCACCAGCUCUGUUCUUUCAGUAGAACAGAUGAAUCCUCUCACACACGACAUGUGCAUGUAUGGAAUGACAAUGAUGGAUAUACCAUUCCGAAAAUGCUUUUGAGUGAAUACUUAGAAAGCCGUGAACAGAAAUCAGCAGUGAACUAGAUAUGUGUGCGCACACACAC